AUGUUCAAAAUUUGGACUCGCAGGCAUCUUUUAAUCGAGGACAUUCCCAAUAGUGUUAAACAAGAAGGGCUUCUUGCAUUCAUUAACAAUAUGCAAAAAGUUGAGCAAUUAGAAUAUAUUUAUGAAAGUUUUAUGGGUCAAAAAAUCUUUCUUCACGCUGCCGUUGUUUUAUUCCAAGAUAAUGUGAAUGUAAAUCUCUUUCCAGACGAUACUAAACUCAUUUACAAAGAAAAAAAGCUACGAACAUAUCAUGAUUUAGAAGAACGCAUCAACCAUCAAGCAUUUUUAUAUGGAAUCGAUUCAAAAACGACAGAAGAUGACAUAAGAAACAUGUACAGAAAGUUUAGAGUAACUACAAUCAAAAUUUAUCCUUUUGAAAAACAAUUUCAUUCGUAUGCGAUGCUUUAUUUCAAGAAGGCACGUGACAGAGAUGCAUGUAUGAUCUAUGCGAACCAUUUCCAUAACUGGAAUCUAUACUUUUUCCCUAAUGAAAAUCAAGUUUUGAAAUUAAACUCGUUAACUACUGAUAUUGAAGUUACAAAAGACGAUCCAAAGGUCACAUUUAAGUUUGACCGUUUCGAAUUACAUGCUAAUCUCAAAAGAUUCUCUUCAAUCGCCAAAAAUGUUCUUGAAUCUUCCUCAAUUAAUGAUUUUCCAGGCGAUCACGAUAUGUUUUUGAAAUACAUAGAUGGAAACGAGAUCAUUGUCUCGCCAAACCAAAUACCUUUCCUAAAAAGUAUUGGAAAUUAUUUCAAAAUUAACCAAUUGUCAGAACUUCGCCUCACUCCGUUCAUCAAUUUCGACAACAUAAUCUACUUCCUUAACAUUUGCCAGUCUAAAAAAGAACUUGGAGAAAUUAUUAAUUUUAUUGGUUCAGAAUAUGCGAGAUUGACACAUAACGGCAGGAUCAGAAACAUUCCUGCAGCCUAUCUUACAGAACUGAUUGAGAAAUUACCUGCUCCUGGCCUCACAGAAAAACAUAUCUUUAAAUUGUACAUGCAGAACACGAGAGAGAACGACAACCCUACUCCUCUUCUUAAGAAGAUUGAUUUCGACUCAUUGAAGGUCUCAGAAGUCUCUAAAAUCGUCAUGGACAAGAGAGUUUCGAUAAAUGAUUUUCAUGAUCAGAUUGUUUCGCUUACAAACAAGAAAGUCGAUAUCCAGCAAUUCUUAACUGUCCAAUACGAUCCAGAAAGACCUCUCAACGGCGUAUUUUCCUUCAUUUUCGAACGAGAUGGAGCAAAUAACUUCAAAAACGCCGUCCAAGCUGAAGCUUCUUCCACCAUCAAGACAGAACCAACCAAUAAUACAGGUGAUGUCUACUGUAUCAUCGAUCCGAAGUCAGGAAACUACUUUUCCUCAAAAACCGUCCCUCAACAAUGGGUGAAGUUCACUUUUGCUCAUGAAGAACUUCAGUUAAGUCACUACUCUAUACAGAGAGCGGAUAUGUCCUCUCCAUUCAUCAAGAGCUGGGAUUUGAGUGGCACAAAAGAUGGAAUUAACUGGGUUGUCCUGGAUUCUGUUUCUAAUUCUACUGCUUUGUCUAAACCAAGUUCAAUCAUAACAAGACCAAUUCCAAAAUCAGAUUUCUACAAGAGUUUCAAGAUUGAUCACACAGGAACAAAUUCUAGAGGUUAUGAUACACUCAUCUUGCAGAAAGUUGAGUUCUUUGGUGCUCUAAGAGAACAAGAACAGGAUUAA